GACUGCAGAACUACAUGUUCCCCAACCUCGUGCGCGGCACGUAUUGGACGCCAAAGCUGUCAAUGAUGUAUGGCGCGCGCCUCUGCAAAAGCCCUGUAUUUUAAUAUUUUACCGGGCCAACGGAAAGGGGCGGUGUAACCAAGCUUGAUCCCGGUGUCUGGGCUGACAGCCUGCAACCCCCGCCGAAGCAGUGCCGUGAUAUAAGAAUCAAACAUACCAUGACAUGUGUCUGUCCAUUGAGCGUACAGCGCAGAUGAGUUCAGCUGUCUUAGCUGCUGAUUCGCUAAAAUAAACGCCAAUCACUUUCUUAAGCGUCGCCAAUUGGCUCGUUGGUACUUAACGCCGCCCACCGGCGUCUUAUAUAAAAUUAAUCCACACCGCUCCAUCUUUUUCGGAUCUUUGUGGCCUCCCGUGUACUCUCGCCGGAAAACCGUUAAGUCCAUCCACUUCACUUCAGCCUGCUGAAAUGUCCAAGCCAAGAGUCUUCUUCGACAUCACCUCUGAUGGCUCUCCCAUCGGCCGGGUUGUGAUGGAGGUAAACCGGUCUCCUUAAUUCAUUGUGCUCGGAGUGUUCAUUGUGAACUGGCUAAAUAAAGGUACCCUGCGGGCAGUUAAGACACUGAUGGUUCUUAGCCAACAACCUUCGCUUUAUUCCAGCAUGGGUGCAGAGAGUUGUUUACAGCGCACCACGAUGAGCGUAGUUUGUACCUGUAGAGCGUGGAAAUGUUGUAUCCUGCUAACAUGUGCUAACAUUGGCCGAGCUGUCACGAACAUGGUGGUCUUGGAGACCAUGUGCACGUGUUUGUGGCUGGUAUCCAGCGACACUAAGAGCGGAUUAACUUGACUGCAUAGAUGAGUUUUAAGAUAGUCAAAGCUUAUUUUGUGAAAACAUGGGUGACUUGCAAUUUAAUACAAAUGUGUGUCUUCUUAAUUUAUUUCCUGUCCGUUAAAUGAGGAAUCUCACUCCGUCACUACCGCGGCACAAAUCAAUGUACCAAACUGUUCUAGCUGUAUUUCGUAUAAAUAUGGGUUCGUCCACGUAUUUAAACGUUACCGUUUAAAUACGUGCACAAACCCAUAUUUAUUCCUCUCAGUCAGUGAAAGGCCCGCGGCCCGUGGUGCACUCAUUUUGAGAAACGCUGGCCUUUGUUGCAGCGACCCGCGGCCCUCUGAGCCCGGGAAACCCCGCAGCUUCACCUGGCGGUACACUCCUAUUCAAAAGUUUCAAAUAUUUCUUCAAAGUGGAGUCUGAAAUUGAUUUUUGUAUAUUGUUUCGGUGUUCAGUUUAGGUAUUGUCGGAGUUUACUGCACCGGUUCCUGUAUACACGGACGGGGGAGCAGUUCUGGAAAGUUCCACUGUGAUGGCGCGGUCGGAGGGGGAGGGGUGGGCUCUGCAUGACUAAAAAAUGCGGAUGUAAGGAGAUGGCUGCUACUUUCUGCCCUUUGUGUCCACCAUGAAAUAGCGUUAUAUUACAUAACAGUAAGGAUUACAAUGGGCGUACUGUCACAAAGGCCUUUUUAUAACGACUCACUGUGGCCAACUGCAAGCUAAUGGCUGCUAGCAGGCUAGCUUACUCCCCCAGCCAUUUUGUGCACACAGCCGCAGCAGAGCCCCUGAAUGGGCGUUACCGAUAUGUGGCAUCAGCCCCAUGCUAAAUCUGUACUGAAGACCCCUGCUCAAAUCCUGCGCAGCUGCAAACUUAAAGCCUCACGAGAAGAGCAGCCAACCCGCCAGUGUUAAUAUAUGGCCACACUUCAGUGUCCGUGAGGCGUUGAUUGAUCUUAAUAUAGCUACAUGUCUUUGCUGUCAAGUUGUGCACAUAACGCUCUUAUUUCCAUUAGUUACCCGAGUCCUUGCGUUGCUCAACAAGCCCGCAUUUGUAUAGCGUUUAACCUCAUUCGUGUUUAUUUAGGGCCUUAGACGUCCCAGACGAGGGUCUGUUUGAAGCUGCUUUUCGUUGCUGUGUAGUUGUGCAUCUUAAAGUCCUGGUAUUCCUGUGCUUUACCCAUAAAGAUGUCUUCAAUUGCCAAGUAGCCAGCUCUUUAUUAUUUAAAUUUGGUCUCUGUUAUUACUGAGCAGGUGGCUGGCUGUAACUUCACGUGCUGUUCUGAGACCAGCUGCAGUGCUUGCUGCACACCAGCCUGUCUGCUGCAGCACCUCUGCACCCCCUCCCUCCCUCUGAACAUACUUGCAUGGUAACGUCACUGGUGUGCAGGGCAUGCAGAUAUUUCUGUGUGGUGCAAUGCUGCAUUCCUGUAUCACCUUGACAUCGCACUAUUACCUCACCCCAACCACAGAACCUGAUCUGGCACAGAAGGCUGGAACUGCUACAUGCAGGUUAUGGCAUGUUUGUUGGCCAUCCCACUUGUGAUGGUGCACCUACUGUUGUUUCUGAUUCAUUCACAGAUCUUGCAGGUUAAAUGAAGGCCUAAAACACUGAGGUGCUUGCAGUUUUUUUGUAUGGUAGACUGUAACUGAUUAAUGUCAGUUACAGAUAACACUUGGAGGACUGAGUAUUAAUUUGCUGUAUUUACUGACAGUGGAUGAUUGUGUAACCAGAUCUAAAUGACAUGGAGGGAACAAAGUGCAGCAAGUCUGAUAAACCUCUGAAUCUGGCUCCAUGCCUGGAUUCACACAAGUCAAAUGUCAGCUGUGUUUCUUAAGAGUUGUGAAAUCUCAUCCUUCACUGAUGCUGAACUUUUUGUGCCUGCAGCUCCGUGACGAUGUGGUGCCCAAGACUGCUGAGAACUUCCGUGCCCUCUGCACUGGCGAGAAGGGCUUUGGCUACAAGGGCUCCACCUUCCAUCGUGUCAUCCCUCAGUUCAUGUGCCAGGUAAAACAGCCUGGCGUCCGUCCCAGUUUAAUCAUGUUUAUUUUAUGUUGCCUUUUGUCUGUUUAUGAAGUUGCAGGGUUUGACCAUGUACUUUAGACUUGGAUAAUUUGCACAUAUAAUAUAACACUGGAAAUGCUUGAACCUCAAGACUUUUUGAUUUUUACAAAGAGCUUGAAUGGCGUCAUAUGAUUGCCAUCACAUACUUAAAAUUGUGUGUAUGAAUAGCUGUCUAAAAUUCUUUGGAUAAACAACUAAAGAUAAGAAUGAUCAGAGUUUUGGAUAAGUAAAUCAAAAACAACUCUGAUUUGACUAUAAUCUGUUGAGCUGGAAAUAAUGUCAGCUGCAGACUAACACAAGCGUGUCAAAGUUGUAUGGACAAAUAAAUCUGACAGCUUAGUGGCAGCACAGCCUGACUUAUCCUCCUAUUGUCCAGUUAAACCGGCUGCCUAAACAGCUAGCUUUGGAACAGACCCUGAAAAGUUUGCCUUAGCCUGUAUGCCAUGUCAGAGGCAUGCCUGAUUCCCCUACCUGCCGAUUGGUCCAGUUUUGUAUUUUAAGCGUAAUGCUAAAUGUUGUCGCAGUAUCACACUCACAGUAAGGGCAGUCAAAUUAAGCAAUUUAAGCCAAGUGGAGCUUUAAACUUUCUCACACCAGCUCUGUGACUGUAGAAGUUCUUACUUUGUAUAGUUAACAGAAGGGUUUUAUGAUGCCAUACUCAGGAAGUUUUCAGCUUCAGCUCCACGGGCUACCAAACAUUUCUGGUAGCUUGUCUGCGGGUGCAUCACCGGCAGCUGACCAAAGGAUCAAUAAUUUUGAAACAAAGGAUUUAUCAGAAUUUAAAUAAUUUCAAAUAGAGAUUCAAAGUGGAUCUUUUUAGGUGUAUGGCUUUUGAACUAUUUAUUUGUACCAAAGAUAAAAUGAUUUGUAGUGAGUUACUGCCUCCUGUAGCAGACUCUGUUCAAGAGCUGUUUUAUUCACGUUGGAGCAGUUAAAGCAGUUGUCCACUUAAGCUAAUGCUAAGCACCUGAAAGUUUCUGAGACUGUGUCCAAAAUGGAUCCCUGACCCCUAUAUAGGCGACUAUAUGGGAGUUGGCGCCAUUUUGAGGGGUGUCCGAAACCUAAGUGAUCAAUUCCAAUGCCCCAUAUAGGCGACUCAGAAUUUCCCAUGAAGCACUGCAAAAUGUAGUGACCAUCCGAUGGUCACUCACCAGUAGUGGGCAUCCCGUCAUGCAUUGCUUCAUGUGCAGUGUCGAAACCUCCGGUGAUUGAGCUCACUACAUAGUCAGCUGUAUAGUGAAACCCCAUAUAAGGGUUAGGAAUUGAGUGAUUCAUUUCAGACACAGCCUGAAUGUGGUCAUUGAGGUUGUAAUGAUGACCUCUAUGUCUCCCCUUUUAGGUUUUAAAGCAGCUACAGGUCAUUCAAAGUUGCUCUGCUGUUGAGGUUUUGGUUGUUAAAAUUGCUUGUUUGAACACACAGGGCGGUGACUUCACCAACCACAACGGAACUGGUGGAAAGUCCAUCUAUGGCAACAAGUUCGCAGAUGAGAACUUCACCCUGAAGCACACCGGUUCAGGUAUCCUGUCCAUGGCCAACGCUGGACCAAACACAAAUGGAUCCCAGUUCUUCAUCUGCACUGCUGCAACAACAUGGUAAGAGCAGAGUGUCUGACAGUUGGCCUUAUGGGUUGUGAAUGAAUUUCCUGUCUUCCUUACCUGUUGUUUUUUUUGUUUGUUUUAUAAGCAUGUGUAGCUGUAUGCUGCAGAUUUUGUAUUUCUGCUAAUCGAAGUGUCUCCUGCAGGCUGGAUGGGAAGCACGUGGUGUUCGGUUCUGUGGUGGAGGGUAUGGAUGUUGUCAGAAUGAUGGAGAGCAAAGGCGCAUCGAGCGGCAAAACCUCUGCUAAGCUCGUCAUCGCUGACUGUGGGCAGCUCUGAGCUCCAGCACUUAACCUUUUCUGCUCGUCCUGUAGCCGCACCCCUGUAGGCUCCAACCCCCUGCCUCCCCAUCCAAUUCAACAUUCCUAUUGAUGGAGAUACAGCUGAAUCCCCCCUCCCCGUCCCUCUUUUUAUAUUCUGUUGUUAAAAUCAUGUUGUUGCAUUUGUGACUUUGCCUUUAAAGUUUCUUUUGCAUUAACGUUUUUCCACAAAGUCCCAACGGUUUUUUGUUAAGUCAAAAAAUGAAAUGAGAGAAAAUAAAAAGAAGUUGCCUUGACAAUUGAGAAAAUGUGUGCUGUUUUUGUUGCUGGAUAGUGUCUGUCUGAUCCAGAAGGAGUCAAAGUUUGAGGAGCUGAGUUCAGACAUUUUUAACAAGCCCAGAAAACUGGUAGCAUCAAGAACCUGCACCUCAUCUAAACAAUUUUGUGCUCCAACACCAAAUGAGUACACAUCAGACUUUAAUUUUAUUUUUUGAGGGGGGAAGGGGUAGAUGCCAGUAUUUUCUCUUUUGGGCUGGGCUAGGCUGUUGCUUCAGUUUCCAGCAGGUUAAGCUCUCAAGCUGCAGUAUCCAUUUAGAGCAGGGUCAGUUUCAUUCCCCAUGACCUUUCACAGGUAAAGUCGGCACAAGUGCAAGUAGGGUUCGUGAAGAUCAUGUGCUGAAAAAUGGGCGAGUGUGAGGAUGCAAAUGACACUUGACUGGGCCAGAGUCCCCUUAAACUGAGACCUUCCUGGUCUGUACUUGCUGAAAGUGGUCCAAGGAAGGAAACCAGCAACUGUCACAGCUGGCCUGCCUGAUUUAAUUUGACAAAAUACCUGCUGUGUACUAAAGUAUGAUUGAAGUAAAGUCUCCACGGUCCUCAUUUUGAAAGUUUUAAUGUGGCGCUAAUAUUUGUAGCCUUCUCCUUAGUUUUUAAUACAGUACACACAGCUUCAGCUUCAUUUAAAUCUUUGUGUGCUUAAAUGACUAUAAAUACUGUAUUUGUGUGUGUGCACACCAGAGAGGUUCAUUUUUGUGUGAAAAUAAACAAGGAUUACAGCAGUCAGAGUAAACUCAAGUUUAUUUUAAUGAACAAAAGUGCUAUCAUUACAUUUCUCGAAUGAAUAUGGUAGAAACACGCAGAACACAGAAUUUGACACUGUGAAGUACCUUUAUUUCAAGAGAGGUUGGGAUUUAAGGUUCCAGUGGGGAAUUUUUGCCUCUUCUGAAAUAAGAAACUGAUAUACCUGACACCAAAGCAGGGUGGGAUGCUGUGGAAAACAGCUUUUUUUCACAUUUCCCACAUAAAUAUUCACAAAGAGGGACUGUCAGUGGUCGUCACUUUGUCAGAAGACCUUUCUUAAGCAUGUUGAGGUUAGUGAGGACUUCUGUCUCAAAGAGGACAUGAAAACUCACUCAGACUGAAAGCUCGCUGAUAAGCUUUUGUUACCAUUUAGUAUGGACCAUAUGAGGGGUCCUUGUGCCUCAUCUUGGCAAUAAACACUUUAAAAUGCUUAAAAUCAGAAUAAAGUGGAGUGACAUUUGAGAAACCUGGCUUUUUUAAUCUGAAUGAGGCUUUCCAGAUUCAAUCAAAUAUAGAUAAAAUAGAAGUAAAGUAAGAUUGUUAAUGUUUUAACAUUUUGAUUGAGGUUGAAUUAAACAAACUUGCUGUUUUGGUUUAUUCAUAUUCGUGGGCCAUGUCCUCUUUAUUACAGUCUGUAGGCUACAGUUAAGGUUCAAGUGUGCUAAAUUAGAACAGCAGGUUUACUAACACCCACUUAGGUCAGCAUUAACUUGUGUCAAGAAAGGCGCAAACUUCUGGUCCCUUUGGCUGUAAAAACAUCACCUGACUUGUGCUUUUGACCUGUAGUAACCCUUUCAUCCAGUAGGAGCCGCCACCUGACUAUUCACACUAUUACAGAUGCAACGAGCUACUGCAGUUCUUGCACAGUUAUGAUUCCUAACCAUAGACUGUAUAUAGAAUGUACAGAGUCUGCCUCCUUGCUGGGUGAAGCCACUCUGAGAACUGCACCCUCUGUUGAGCAGCAAAGCUUAUGGAGCUGUGGACAAAUUGAGAAAUUUAUUACACAGAAUAUAAAUUUUUCUCUCCCCUGCUUGUGAUGUUGACAUGCAGUUACAGUAAGACUGGUUUGUGCUCAAGUCCUCUUUUUUUCUGUGAAGCUCCGUUUUUAAAAGUUACUAGGGGGUUCAUGUUUUCUUUGAUUGACACCUGAUACAGCCUAUUGGCGUUCAGGGAUUGCGUAGCUCACGCUGUUUGAGCCGAGCGUCAUCUUGGCGACUCCCCCUCCGAAGGCGCACAACGCUACUGCGCAGCGCUGGUUUCAGGAAAAGAAAAAUACCGGAAAUACCAAGAGCUUUUUGGCUUCAAAUCCGUGUACAGACGGGAUGUGGAACCAAGUUGUCCAUAGUAUAUACAGUCUAUGUUCCUAACCUUCUGCCCUCCAUCUGAACAUCAAACCUCAUCACAGAUAAUUACAAACAAGCUACUUCCUAAGCAGGUCAGAUCCAGCGUGGCGCUCGUGGUGAUUUUAACCUCCACUAAGAGAGACUUGUACCACUACUUAAAAAAAAAUCAACAUUCUCCUACAAAGUUAAAUUAAAUAUUUUCAAACUACAGAGUUUAUAGUAAAUCUGUCAGCAGCUCAACUCCGCCGUCCUCCUCUUCUUCCCAGAAUUCCUCAUGUUCCUCUGGCUCUGACUGGGCAGACACACCCCCUGACCCUUCGCUUUCCCCGACUCUGCCCGGUUGACGGCAGUGCAGGACAGCCCCACGUCACAGUCGCAGCGGCCCAGCUUCCUCCUCAGUUUGGUGGACCCUCGCAGCAGACAGGCCUCGCCCUCCACCGGGAUCCUCUGACACCGUUUACCAGUCAGAUACCGUACGCAGCACAGACCAUCUGCACAGUCACCGGACCGCACACAGCUGGACAUCUCUGGAGCUGGAAGACAUAUGGACACACAUAAGUGUGGGGCUAAUACAGAUGUGCAGUUCCUCAAAUGUCCACAAGAGGCCAGCCCAAAAAGUGAGUCAACCCCUGUUUGGCUCCAUAAUAAUGCUCUUCAUUGAAGAGCUGGAACAAAAUGUUGACAGCUUAGUACAAAAACUGUUUAAGGUUUCAAGCUGCUCUCUGUUUUCCUGACAGAUAUAAAAUAUUAGUUUUUAACAAGAUUAACAUCUGAACUUCAGUAAACCUCUAAGUUUCGAGGCGGGGUGACUCAAAUUGACGAGUUUAUCCUAUGAGCUGCCUGCUAUACCAACAGACAAGUUGUCUGCUGGACUGGACUUCUCAGCUGAGUUUUUUUUUUUUUUUUGUCACUGUGAUUUUUUAAUAUCAUGGCUGUAUGUGGCUUACUCUCUCUCUUGGGGUGGUAACAUUCUCCAAAUAGAAGCAUAACAAACAAAAGUUUUAUAUUUUAUGAGGCAGUGUCUCCUCCAAAGAAGUUUUCAGGGCUGGUAAUGCAGAUGAUUCAUAAAUUUGAACACCGUUACACAUAGAUGGUGAAAAUUAAUUGUAUUUAUUAGUAAAAUGGUGAGGUGAUGUGUCGUUGACCUCUGUACUCUCACCUUUAGUCCUGUUGAAGCCGUCAUUGCUCUGUGUCUCUGCAUCUGCGUGUCUGUCCACCUGCCUGUCCACCUGUCUGUCCUGGGCCGAGAGUCUCCUCUGAGCUCUGUUACUGCACUGUCCCCUCUGAUACAGGAACACAAUAAAAACCUCUUAAUCUAAAAUGUGCUCCAUGUGUUUUAUGUAUUCUCAGGUGCAGUCACUCACCUGAGGUGCAUCACAGUCAGGUGUUGAGCAUGGAGGUGUGGAUCGGUUGGAGUUGGACGUUAUGUCUGUCCGGCGCCGUACAGGGCGGUCUGCCUGGUCGCCAUUGGAACCAUCCUGAAUGACAGGUGAGAGUGAUGUCACCGUGAAGACCAGAAAACAACAUGUGUCAGGAUUCAGAGCCAAAUUUGGUAGGCAUGGCGCUGGUUCUGUUCCUUGGCUUUCUUUGUCUGAUUUAAAAUAAUAUGAUUUUUUUAUUCUGUUUUAAAAAUGAAGCUCUUGUAACAUCAGGAGUUUAAGGUUCAGGGUGUUUCCUCUGUUCAGCAGGUGUUCACUCUCUUUUUAUAUUGAACAAGCAUUAAUGCUACUACCAUAAAUUUCAAACAAUAAUGAUAAUUAUUUAUUUUAUGAUCCAGAACCAUUAUAAUACCACCACUUUGGUGAACUGUGCACUGUGUUCCACAGAAAUACAGUAAUACCAUAAUGAUCCAGCAGCCUUCUCAAGCCACAGUAAACCCAGAGCUCUUUCUAACAGCUUUGCAGAAAAAGUAGAAUCAAAUGAUUGUGAGAUAAAAUGGUCAAUAAAUGAUGAAAGCACAGACGCUGUUUCUGUUUAGGAAGUAUUACCGUAAUUACAGGCCUGUGCUUCCCAAUGAAUAAAACAGAUUGAGUUCCCAUGGAUGUUUUACACGGUAGAGUGUAAUUAAUUCACCGUAUCAUCACAUCAACAGAUCAAGUUUUAAUAGCAGAGGAGAUUUCAAAACAGAAACUACAACUCUGCUUUAAAGCCGCUGUUAACUUUUCAGGAAACUCUGCAGCUCACAGAGCUGAAUGUUUUCACUCUCCAGAAUAUGAAAAACAAACAAAAAAAAAAAACCAGAAUGGACAUUUUUCCAGCUGAUUUUCUAUGUGUCCACCUGAUUUAUUUGACCUGAUGUUUUGAAUAAACACCUAACCAAACAUGACACCACGUAUUAACCUGACAGGCUGAAUUACUAUGAUUAAAUUGAACUCUUUCACAUUCCCUGGAUCUUUUCUACUACAGCUUGUUUUACAUCAUUUUAUAU